CCCCUUGUUUGUAGAAGAGAACGUAUAACGACUACUUCUUCGUUAUACUUAAGAGAACAAUUCCUAAAUCUUUUAUUUGUUUAUUGAAUUAGUCUAUAAUCUGAAAAUCUAAAUUAGUUUACUUACCUCUUAAACCUUUUGUUAUCCUUUUCCUUUUUGUAUUCAUAGAUACAACUGGAAUAUACCUUUCAUCGUAAUUUUCGUUCAUUUUGAAAAACUUCGAAUUCCAUUCAUUUAUAUUUCAUUUUUUCUGGAAGAAAAGUCACAGAUAAACUACUAGAGCGAGCUAUGCAGAAUUCGGAAAAUCAUCACCCGCACCACCACCAUCACCAUUCAGAUACGGAGAUAAUAGGAAAUGACAGAGCGUCGUACAGCGGUCCUUUAAGCGGACCGCUGAACAAACGAGGCGGAAAAAAGAGCGCGAGAUUUAACAUACCUGAAUCAACAGACAUCGGAAACAGUGCCAGUAAUGACGAUGCUUACGUGGAAAUCACUCUCGAUGUUCAUGAAGAUUCGGUGGCCGUACACAGUGUCAAAACUGCCGGUGGUACUGACGUGGAAGAUCCGGAGUUGGCUUUAUUGGCUAAAGGACUGGAGAAGAAGUCUACCUUGGGAUCUUCACUUGUACGAAAUGCUUCUUCCAGAAUCCGGCAAGUUUCGCAAGAGCUUAAACGAUUGGCAUCGUUAAAUAAGCGCCCAGCUCCUACUGGACGAUUCGAUAGGAAUAAAUCAGCUGCUGCUCAUGCACUUAAAGGUCUUAAGUUCAUCAGCAAAACUGACGGCGGCGCUGGAUGGGCCGCCGUCGAAAAGCGGUUCGAUGAAAUUACUGCUUCCACUUCUGGCUUACUUCCUCGAGCCAAAUUUGGAGAAUGCAUAGGUAUGAAUAAGGAGUCGAAGGAUUUUGCUGGAGAGCUAUAUGAUGCGCUUGCUCGGAGGAGAAAUAUCACAACAGAUUCCAUUAACAAAGCACAGCUCAAAGAGUUUUGGGACCAAGUUGCUGAUCAAAGUUUCGAUACACGUCUUCAGACUUUCUUCGACAUGGUUGAUAAGGAUGCAGAUGGCAGAAUCACAGAAGAAGAAGUCAGAGAGAUUAUUGGCCUUAGUGCGUCUGCAAACAGGCUGUCAACUAUCCAAAAACAAGCUGACGAAUACGCGGCAAUGAUCAUGGAGGAGUUGGAUCCUAACAACUUGGGAUACAUUAUGAUUGAGAACUUGGAAAUGCUAUUACUGCAAGCACCGAAUCAAUCUGUGCAGAGAGGAGGCGAUAGCCGGAACUUGAGUCAAAUGCUAAGUCAGAAACUUAAGCACACACAAGAGCCAAAUCCAAUAGUGAGAUGGUAUAAGAGUUUUAUGUACUUUUUGAUGGAUAAUUGGCAAAGAGUUUGGGUACUGUUGCUGUGGCUUGGAAUCAUGGCUGGUCUAUUUACUUGGAAGUAUAUCCAGUACAAAGAUAAAGCUGCAUAUCGUGUCAUGGGUCCCUGUGUGUGUUUUGCCAAAGGUGCUGCUGAAACACUCAAGCUCAAUAUGGCUAUCAUUUUAUUCCCAGUAUGCAGAAACACCAUCACAUGGCUCCGUAACAAGACCCGAUUAGGUGUUGCUGUUCCUUUUGACGAUAAUCUUAAUUUUCAUAAAGUGAUAGCAGUGGCGAUUGCACUAGGAGUUGGAGUACACGGACUGGCUCAUUUAACGUGUGAUUUUCCUCGGGUUCUGAAUGCUAGCGAAGACGAAUAUGAAACAAUAGAGUACUAUUUUAGAGAACAGCCCACAAACUAUUGGUGGUUUGUCAAGGGUGUUGAAGGGGUAACUGGAAUUAUAAUGGUGGUGCUAAUGGCAAUAGCUUUUACACUAGCAACCCCAUGGUUUAGAAGGGGAAGAGUUAGUUUCCCAAAACCUUUCCACAAGCUUACUGGAUUCAACGCCUUUUGGUACUCGCACCAUCUAUUUGUCAUUGUCUAUACUCUACUCAUUGUCCAUGGAGAAAAGCUAUACAUUACCAAAACUUGGUACAAGAGAACGACAUGGAUGUACCUUACUGUACCACUAGUACUCUAUGCUGGUGAAAGGUUACUUAGAGCAUUCAGGUCAAGCAUCAAAGCUGUUAAGAUUUUGAAGGUGGCUGUAUAUCCAGGAAAUGUGUUGGCCCUUCACAUGUCAAAGCCACAAGGAUACAAAUACAAAAGUGGGCAAUACAUGUUUGUCAACUGUGCUGCGGUUUCUCCAUUUGAGUGGCAUCCAUUUUCCAUAACUUCGGCCCCAGGAGAUGACUAUCUGAGUGUCCAUAUUAGAACUCUUGGUGAUUGGACCAGACAACUUAAAACUGUUUUCUCUGAGGUUUGCCAACCACCACCUAAUGGGAAAAGUGGACUCCUCAGAGCUGACUACUUGCAAGGAGAGAAUAACCCUGAUUUCCCGAGAGUGUUGAUAGAUGGACCAUAUGGAGCACCAGCACAAGACUACAAGAACUAUGAGGUAGUUUUAUUGGUGGGUCUUGGAAUUGGAGCCACACCAAUGAUCAGUAUAGUUAAAGACAUUGUCAACAACAUGAAGGCCAUGGACGAAGAACAAAAUUCCUUAGAAAAUGGGCACGGCGGGUCGAAUGCAGCAUCAAAUGCUAGCCCCAAUAUUGCGCAAAAGAGGGGUAAAUCAGGUUCAGCAAGUGGAAGAAAUAACUUCAAUACAAGGAGGGCAUACUUCUAUUGGGUUACAAGAGAACAAGGUUCAUUUGACUGGUUCAAAGGUAUAAUGAAUGAAGCAGCUGAAAUGGACCAUAAAGGAGUAAUUGAAAUGCACAAUUAUUGUACAAGUGUUUAUGAAGAAGGUGAUGCUCGUUCUGCUCUUAUUACUAUGCUUCAGUCCCUUCAUCAUGCCAAAAAUGGUGUUGACAUUGUUUCUGGCACGAGAGUUAAGUCGCACUUUGCUAAGCCGAAUUGGCGAAACGUCUACAAACGCAUUGCUCUCAACCACCCCGAAGCUAAAGUUGGAGUCUUCUACUGUGGGGCACCGGCACUCACCAAAGAGCUACGACAACACGCCUUGGAUUUUUCACACAAGACAUCCACCAAGUUUGAUUUCCAUAAAGAAAAUUUUUGAUCAACAAAUGGACCAUUAAGAAUUCGUCAAAACAGUUAUGGACCCAAGUUGUUUUUCUAGAAGCCACCACCUCUCCCUAUCGUGUACAGAUAAUGUUGCCAACCAAUUUGAUAUAUAUUAAUUUUGGUUAUAAUAUUAGUAUAUUACAAAAUAUAAGAAUGUUUUUAGUACAUACAUAGAUGCCCAAGGAAUUAAGAAUGUUCUCUUGAAGAGGAAAAGACAAAAGGCAGGUAGAAAGUAGUGGAGUUGAACCUGUUUUGAUGGAUAUCACCCACCACUAAACUUGAAUUUUACAUUAUACUUGGGUCGUGGAAUUAGGUGGUUGUCAUCAUUUUUUGUUUUUUUCUCUUUUUUACAUGGUGGAAGAAAUAGCCAAGUAGCCACCUACUAAGUAAUUAUUGACCAUGAUAUGUGGAUGUUUAAAUAGUUUUCCAGUAAUAAUUGUAUACUAGGCUUUGUAUAAAAGAGUUCAAUUGCAUAGUUUGGAUACCA